AACGCUAAAGUCGUGUGAGAUUGGUUUUUAUUUUUUAAUCAGUUUAAAGUGAAAAAUCGAUAGUGUGACCUUAACAUUAAAAGUGGUGCAAUGUAUUGAUCAAAGUUUAAUAGGUUGAAAGUAGGGCAGUAACCAUCAACCAUGGACGACCGCACGGUGGACCUGAUCUUUGCCGGCUCGCUGAAGUCCCUGCCUCCAGUCAGCUCCAAGAUCGUGAGGAUAUUCACCAGCUCCACCUUCACUGACACAACCAUGGAAAGGAACACCCUUAUGGCCAAAUGUUACCCCCGCAUCAAGGACUACUGUCGAGAGAAGCACGGACUCGAGUUUCAGGUGGUUGACAUGCGCUGGGGCGUUCGAGACGAAGCUACCGACGAUCACAUGACCACCGAGCUGUGUAUGAGAGAGAUAAAAAAUUGCCAGAGACUCUCAAUGGGACCCAACUUCGUUGUGUUCCUGGGACAGAAAUAUGGUUACAGACCAAUCCCCACAUACGUCCUUUCAUCGGAACUUCAGAUGCUACGUGACGAACUAGCAGCCGGGGGCGUCGACGUAAUUUUGUUGGACACCUGGUACAAGAAGGAUUCGAACGCCGUACCCCCCGUCUCCGUCUUGCAGCCGAUUUCUUCUAUACUCAUCAAUUUUAAUAACAAAAGAGUCCCAAAACUCCAGGCAGAAGACCAGGCAGUAUGGUGGGACACGCUCUGUAAGAUGCAGAAAUUGUUCCGAAAAGCUUCCCUUCAACUCUACAACAGCGGAAAAAUAGAUAAAGACUCCAUGCAUAACUACUUCAUGUCUGUGACCGAACGCGAAGUAAUAAACGGCGUGCUCAACGUCAAGAACACCAAGAACCACUGCCUCGCCUACGUCCGCUACAUCAACAACAUCAACCUUCAGAACCUGAAGAAGGCCAGCAACUUUGUGGACAUCCUCAACCGCUCGCUGGACAACGAGGCUUCCAAGUUGUUAGCUGAUCUGCGGGACGUCAGGCUGCCGAAUAAGAUUGAGACUACCAAUAUGCAGAAAUACACGGUGGAGUGGAUUGGGCGAGAGGGCUUAGACAAUGAGACACACGGCGAAUACCUCAACCACUUCAUAUCACACUUCUACAAGAAUAUCAUCAAGCUAGUGGACCGAGCAAUGCGCAAAGAAGACAGCAGUGCCCAAGGUCAGAUAGUGACGGAAAUUCUUCAGCAUCUCCACGCUUGCAACAAUUCCGUUAAGGUCUUCCACGGGCGAGAAGAUGAUCUGAACUUCGUCGAGAACUACAUGAAGAACGGGUCUGAUAAACCACUGGUUUUGUACGGAGAAGGUGGCUGCGGUAAAACCAGUCUACUCUCAAAGAGUGCAGCCAUGUGUCUCGAGACCUGGUUCGCUGAAGUACGGCCCACCAAUAUCAUCAGAUUUCUUGGAACUACACCUGACUCCAGCGCGCUUACUCCGACGCUUAUAUCCAUUUGUCAGCAAAUUUCCUACAACUUCGCGCUCCCCUUCGAAAGCAUCCCCGAUGACCUGGUGCCCCUCACAGCACAUUUCAAACAACUCCUCACCAUGGCUACAGCUCAGCAGCCUCUGCUUCUAUUCCUGGAUUCUGUAGACCAGCUAACGGGUAUUGGGACAGAGAAUAACAAGGUGUCUUGGUUGCCAACAAGAUUGCCGCCGCAUUGUAAGAUCAUAGUAACCUGUGCCUGCGAGGAAGUCAACCCUGAGGUCUCCAAGGAGUAUGACGUGCUCCGCCGCAUGAUUGAUUCUGAGGAGAACUUUUUAGAAGUCACGGCGCUGGGUGAGGAUCUCGCCAUGCAGGUCCUGAAGUUAUGGAUGGCCUCUGCUGCUCGGGACUUGUCGAACUACCAGUGGCGUUUGGUGUCCAACGCUAUAGGGAGCUGUUCGCUGCCGAUCUUCGUCAAACUGGUGUUUGCUGAGGUCUGCAGAUGGAGAAGCUACACGAAACCUCAGGACACCCAUCUCGCUUCCACAGUCAUGGACUCCAUCAUGAUGCUGUUCGAGAGGAUCGAAAAACAGCAUGGCCGUCUUCUGGUAUUCCACGCUCUGGCUUACAUCACAGCAGCUCGCAGCGGCCUCUCAGAGACGGAGCUUGAAGAUUUGAUCUCCUUGGACGACAAGGUGCUGGAUGACGUGUACCAGUACCAUUUGCCGCCGGUUAGGAGGAUCCCACCUCUGCUGUGGACCAGGAUUCGCAAUGAUCUCCCAAACUACUUGUCCGAGCGAGAGGCCGACGGCGUCUCUGUAAUGAACUGGUACCACAGGCAGUUCCGAGACACCGCUCGCGAGCGUUACUUCAAGAAUAUGAACAUGGCCAUGUACUUCCACUCUAUGAUUGCUGAUUAUUACCUCGGUAUAUGGGGCGGAGGCAACCCCAAACCUUUUAAAUACACGGAGAUCCAACGUCACCGUUUCAACCUAGCUGACCGCGAGGGCGUAGCUGACAGGAAGGUGCCUCUACAGCCUCUGGUCUUCACUUCAGUUGAUGGGUCUACCAAGAGAUACAAUCUGAGAAAGUUUGGCGAGCUGCCCUUCCACCUGGUCCGCUCCAAACGCUUCACUGACCUCUACGCCGAAGUACUUUUCAAUUACGAGUGGCUCCACGCGAAGCUCAACUGCUGCCCGCUGCAAGCUGUUUUAGCUGAUUUCGAAGACGCCAAGCUGCAUGUAAACAAAGAUGCUGUCAGAGAACUGAUGCUAGUAGCCGACGCCCUCCGCCUCGGCGGGGCCAUCCUGGGCACCUACCCCGACAUGUUAGCCCCCCAACUAGUCGGCAGACUCCUCCCCGAAGCCCCCCACAACCCGGCCGUCGCAUCACUGUUGAAACAGUGCCAUGAUAAAGGAAAGAACCACUGCGCGUUGCUGCCUUCGCAUCAUUGUCUGCACACUCCUGGGGGGCCUUUGAAGUAUUCCUUAGAAGGCCACCAGUUCGCCGUCUUCGCGUUCCGCCUCUCCUCGGACAAGCGCUACGUCGUCUCCAUCUCCAGCCGAGUGAUCUCCUGGGACCUGUCGACCUCGGACCUGGCCAGGGACCUGUGCCCGCAGCUGGAGGGCAUCAUGCAGAACUUGGAGCUGUCGCCGGAUAAUAAGUGGGCUGCGGCAUCUACUAAUAACUCUGUGUCUAUGCUGCUGAAUAUGCUGACCAGUGAAUACGUGACGAUCGAAAAUCCACUAGACGAAGGAGAGACAGUCCGCGGUGUAUCAGUACUGAACCAUCACAUGUUUAUCUACGGGCCAAACUCCUGGGUUCGGUUUUCGAUGAGAGGCGAGCACCAGGAAACCGUACCGGCACCGGAUCCGGCACCGUAUGAUGAAGUCACCUGGGAGAUACUUUCCAUGGAGUUCCGUGACCUGGAAAACUUCCAGCUGAUCAUGUGGAGCGGAGACCUGGACGAGGAUCGACUGCUGGUGCACUACAAAAAAGGGGGAGAGUGGGUGACGCCCCUAAGGUGUAGGGGUGCUCUUGCCUUUAACAAGGGAUGGAAUAGAAUUUAUACUAGUGAUCCAAAGAGGGGGUAUCAGAUUUCUAUCUUUGAGCUAAAUGAAGAACAGCUUUGCUGGGAGAAGAUCCAAGAGCUGUAUCAUAAAGAGACUGAUACUGCUGAAGCGAUGCUUCAGCUGAAACGAGGGAAGAAGGACAGGAUGCUUCUAGCUACAACCACAUACAGCUUCGUGGUGUGGGAUUUCGAUAGCAGGAUCGAUAGAUCCAAACACGUCGACGAAAGCAAAAAAAAGAAGAAAGAUGAUGACGACAAGAAAGAAGAAGAAGAAGAAGAAGAGAAAAUAGAUGAUAAACCGGAAAAGGAUAUGUCUCUGGAAGGCAUCGUGCUCAAACUUCCUCGCACCAUCCGUAAUAUUUCGACCAAAAUGACGCUCUCCAACUCCUUUAUGAUCAGCAAUAACAACACUUAUGCCGUCGCUGGCGUCAGAAAAAGCCUCUACGUCUGGAGCUUAGAAACCACGCAACUAAUCAAAGUCCUGGACGCGCACUUCGGCCGAAUUGUCCAGUUGGAGCCCCUGGCUGUCGGCAGCUGGAACAACGUCAUCACCUCCUCCAUCGACAGGACUGUCAAGAUCUGGAACAUUGACAACAUCUUCGAACAGGUCCACAAGAUCGAUCGCCAGGAGUUACCCAUUGAUGCACAAAGUUUGGCCCGAGACCAGCGUCUAGCAGCUACAGUGACCCGCAGCUGCUGGGGUCUCUGGGACACCAGCACAGGCCAUCUUCUGGCACAGCUAGCUGAUGCUCCUCUAGGUGCCAUCGUCACCCACGCGGUGAUAACGCCGAGCGGAGAGAACGUCAUCACUGCAGAGUCCGGCAAUGUUAUUAUCUGGGAUACGCAAGAAAAACAGGUGGUCUUCAAAGAGGAGCAGAAAGGAGUGAAGCAAGUAUUGUUCCUAGAGGAUGGUGCUAAGUUUGUUACAAUCUCCGUUGAACUGGCCACCGACAAUAUAGACAAUGUUGCCGUUGCCAACAUUAUAACAAGGACAAUACCUGAUGGAGAGAAAAUCUACGCAGUAGACUACGAAGUGCGAGGCAUAGGGUACCGUUCAGCAGUGGUAUCCGCCGACGAGCACCACAUCGUUGCUCCCGGCGUUGACAAGUCGUCAAGAGACUGUCUUCACGUGCUGCAUUCAAGGACUGGUGCUAGAUUGCACAGAAUCCCGAUAAAGAACAGCGGCAUAAAGGACAUGCAGUCGAUAGUGGCACUUCCACACAAGCCAAACUGGGUAGCCGUCGUCGGCAACGACAAAGCCGCCAUACUCGAUAUAAAGACCAAGAGACUUGUCAGAUUUGUCCCUCGCUGGAACGGGGCCUGCACCCGCGACGGCAAGUUCGGCCUCUGCGCGCCCUCCCGCGGCGGCCUCGACCUCAUCGAACUGAAGAGAGGCAACUCCGUGCAGCAGCUGAUCUCCAGGGCCGCUGAGGGGGUGUUCUCCAUCAUCACCAUGUUCAGCUCCGACGACCAGUACGUGUUUUACUACCACAGCGGGAGGAAGACGCUUAGGGUGUUCAGAACAAUAGACGGAAAAGCAGUGGCCGAAUACAGAGCCCCAGCCGAAGUUACGGGGGUAGCCAGCGCCCAUGGGGGUAAAGCUGUCACCAUAGCUUCUCAAGAUGGCUGCCUAACCAUACUUAACAUCGAGGACCCUCAUGCAUAGAUCAUCCAUAUACAAAGCGGUAAAUACGGGCCCCAGUCGAAGUGACGGCCGAGGCUAGGGUCCAUGGAGGCAAAGCCGUUGCCAUAGCUUCUCAAAAUGGAUGCCUUACCAUACAUAACAUCGAAUAUCCUUAUGCACAAAACGUUAGGUACCGCGACACGCGACGCUGCCGAACUUGCCGAACACUCGACCGUAAUAUCUGACAACAGUAUUGCUCCCACGCCCAAUAGUAAUUUAAAUGAGCUUUUGAUCCCACCGGUGAUGCUAAUGGCCACACAGAGGUUACGUGAUCCCACCGGUGAUGCUCAUGCCCACACAGAGAAAUUUACGUGAUCCCACCGGUGAUGCUCAUGGCCACAUAGAGAAGUUUACGUGAUCCCACCGGUGAUGCUCAUGGCCACACAGAGAAGUUUACGUAAUCCCACCGGUGAUGCUCAUGGCCACAUAGAGAAGUUUACAUGAUCCCACCGGUGAUGCUCAUGGCCACACAGAGAAGUUUACGUGACCCCACAGAGAAGUUUACGUGAUCCCACCGGUGAUGCUCAUGGGCACACAGAGAAGUUUACGUGAUCGUUGAUGGCAGCCACCGUGUUAACUCGCGGUCGCGGGACAUUUAUCGCUUAAUGCAUCCCUGGCCUUAAUGUAAUAAUAAUAAGAAUCCGUGUAGUAUUUUCCCUGGGUUUAUCCACCUAGUUAUGCUAUUAUAAAAUUUAUAAACGAUAAAACAAAAUAGUCAAAAAAAAUUAAAAUAUUUAGUUAUAAUGAGCAGUAGGUAUAACUAAAUGGAUCCAAUUAGGGAACAAAUCAAAUUAUUCUAUGAAAUAUUUUGUAUUGUUUUUUAAGCACGUACUGCUCGCCCUUAGAGUUGGACAAAGGCGCUUAGCCUUUCAAAGAUAGCAUACACCAGAGAAUUUAGGACGGGUACCGCCGUGGCCGGGUGGUCUAGUGGUCAGGACGUUAGCCGCGUAAGCUGAAGACACGGGUUCGAUUCCCGCCUCGUUCACCGGUGGACUUGAUUAAUUUUUCUUUAGUGUAAGUUAUCUAUUUCAGUUUAUAGGCAAGAAAAUCUGACUUCGAUUUUCACAUGUUAAUUUUAGUUUACAAAUGGAUCCAUUUAGUUAUAGUAUAGGUAUAGGUAACUAGGUGAAUAAACCCUUUUCCCUGAGUAGAUAUGUCGGGAAUGUUAUUUUAUUAUUGAGAAAAUGACUGUGAUAAGGGAAUUGUGUGGAUUAAAUCAUAUUUAAUUGUUUACUUACUUAGGAGUUAGUAGAGUGUUAAAUGUAGAAAUAUUAUAAUAAUUGUAUGUAGAAGAAUUACUGGAUAAUCUAGAAAAUGAUAAUGACAGAUUAGUAAAUAAUAGAAGGAUUCCCCCUUCAUAAGGAUAAGGGUUCAAGAAGGAUAAGCAAGGAGUACAAAUGACAAAACGUAUCUUUUAGCUUCUUAGUGGCCCCUAACGGCCGCUUGAAUGUACCAAAACUUAUUUUGAAUUCAAUACUGUGACACUUGACAUCAUUCAAAUAGUCUCCAUGAUU